AUCAGCGUCUAAUAACUCAAGCCCAAUGGAAGCUGCGCGCUGAUUGGCUGCGCCUGCCUGCUGCCUUUAACCAGCCAAUUACCUAACCACGGCCAAAUUACAAACCCAAAAGCAGAAGACGAGCUAGAACAACACGAAGCCCCAGCAAAGGCGACCCAGGGCAAAUGUACGAAUUAAAAAAAAAAGAAAAAACAUUCCGAGAGAGCCUUCCACGGCGGACUUUCUUUAGGUGAAACAAAAUGGAAGGUCCCGUCUGAUUGGCUGUUCAGGACCUUUAAUAAGCAAAGCUGCUUCUUAGCUUCCUCUUCCUCCCGCCCCCCCCGCCUGAAAUUCGUGAAAUUGACAAAUUGUAACAAAACGGGGGCGCCCCCUUCCUCCCGGCUCUCGUGCAAUUCCUCAGAGGUGGCAACAUUGCAGCGGCUUCUAGCAACGUCGCCUGGCCCCGCUGUGCGCGCCCCGGGCUGCCACCUUCCCCCCGCCGAGCCCAUCCAGUCCUCCUCUCCCCCGUCCAAAAAAAAAAAAAACUUGUUCCACCUAAGGUCCAUCUUGUUUGGGAACAGUUGGGCGCCUAGGUAAAUGUAGCCGGCAGAUUCCAAGGGAAUUGGGCCGCGCCACACCAGCGGCGGAGAAGCCCCUCUGGAGCGCCCGCCGGCUCGGGAAAAUGCAUGGCCCUUUAUUUGGGGCGGGGAGGCGCCACAGGGCUGCGGGGCUGGGGCUUUGGCGGCGCGUUGCAGCUGCGGUGAAUGUGCCUUCGGUGGAGGGCGGUUAGCCAUUAGCCGAGCUCCAUAGCGGUGAAUUGUGGGAUGCCUGAGAAGCAAGCAGAAAGCACACACACAAUAUGUGUUGGCUCGCAAAAAAAAAAAAAGGAGGCAGGAGGUUUUCAAAACCCCAUGUAAUGUAACCAGCCCAAUGUGAAGAGGAGCUCGCCUUUCGCGGCAAGGAGACGAUCGGCCACCGAAUCACAAUGUCUUUCAAAGAGAACAAGGCAGGAGAGAAAGCCAAGCACCCAGAAGACCAUGGCAAGAAGCAGAGUUCAAGUUGGAUCAACGGAAUGGAGAACAGCUCCCAAGCUUCCACCUCUGCCGAGAAAAGAAACCACCAUUGGAAAAGUUACAAGUUGAUUAUUGAUCCGGCUCUGAAAAAGGGACAGCACAAACUCUAUCGUUACGAUGGGCAACAUUUUAGCAUUCCUAACUCUGGUCUUGCCCCAGUGGAUCGUGUUGGAGACCCCAGGAUAGGACGAAUAUGGACCAAAACAAAAGAGCUGGAGCUCUCUGUCCCAAAAUUUAAGAUUGAUGAAUUUUAUGUGGGGCCAGUGCCUCCCAAACAAGUCACUUUUGCCAAGUUGAACGACAACAUCCGUGAAAACUUCCUGACAGACAUGUGCAAAAAAUACGGCGAGUUGGAAGAAGUGGAGAUCCUCUACAACCCGAAGAACAAGAAGCACCUGGGAAUUGCCAAAGUGAUCUUUGCCACAGUUAAAGGUGCCCGAGAAGCAGUUCAGCACCUGCACAACACAUCUGUCAUGGGCAACAUCAUCCACGUGGAGCUGGAUACUAAAGGUGAAAAACGCAUGCGUUUCUAUGAUCUACUUGUGAAUGGACUCUACACUCCUCAGACCUUACCUGUUGAAAAUGAGCCGGAUGCGUCGCCCACUGUGAAUGAAACUCUGCAGUUGACUGAUACUCUGAAACGCCUAAAAGAGAACAGCCUUUCUUCUGUGGGAUCAUCCGCUACCCCAAACAGCAGCACCCCAUUUUCCCACGAUACAGGCUUCUCCAACUGCCGGCAAGAGACCCCAAACUCUUUAAGCCAGUUUACUCCUCAGUCGCAAGGAACCCCUCUCACCCCACGCCUGGGGACUCCAUUUUCCCAAGAUUCUGCAUACUCUAGUCGUCAGACAACACCAGCGUAUCAUUUUGGACAGGACUCUGGGUAUAAACCCAGGAGACAUGAAAGCAAAUUUACAGAUGCCUACAACAGACGCCCGGGCCACCACUACGUUCAUAAUUCGGCUGCUGUUUUCCGAGGGUCAGAGCAUCAGUUAAGCACAGCGUUCAAAUCCCAUCAGCAGGAGACUGUGCAAUAUUCCCAUACGCCUCCUCUGAGCCACUCGGGUUCUUCGACUUACAAAUCUGCCUUCUCCCCAUACCAAACACCAACAACGUAUGCUCAGCCUGAAGAACCGCCACUUCCUCAAACUUCCAGAGAGGUUGAAUACCGACGGCCACCACCUCCGCCUCCAGCGGAGACACUAGUGGAAAGUAGCACAACUGCCACUGUUGAUUUUGUUCCUGUGAAAGAAAAACCAGAGGAACCCCCACCCCUGCCGCCAGAGUCCAACAGUCUUAGUGAACCAACUGUCCCGUCCUUCUCACAGACUCCAGAAAGGAGUGAAACACCAGGCACCCCAACCAUGGAAUCUGACGUUCAGCAUAACAGUUUGGACUCGAGGAUUGAGAUGCUCUUGAAAGAGCAGAGAACAAAGCUCUAUUUUCUCAAUGAGCAUGACUCGGACAAUGAGAUUCGAAUGGAAGGCAGUCCCAUUUCUUCUUCCUCCUCCCAACUUUCUCCAAUCCCAACAUUUGGUUCCAAUUCUCAGCCCAGUCACAGAGCACAAACCCCAUCCUCGCGUCCUUCCAGCACUGGCUUGGAGGAUAUUAGCCCAACGCCGUUACCAGAUUCUGAUGAUGACGAGCCUAUUCUCAGAACAGCUUCUCUCUCUCAGAAUUCAAGAGGAACGUUGGAUGCUAGUAUGACCCCAGUUGACCAACUGAGCCGGACCUCCAAAGUGGAGUCCUCUGAGGUGAAAGAAAUGCUAUCGGGGAACCAAAGUCCAAUCCCAGAAAAAAUGGAAGAGUGUCAUCAGUCUUCUGGGGAGGACAUGGAGAUCUCCGAUGACGAAGCCACCAGCUCCCCGAUCUCAAGCACAGACUGUGCCAAAAACAUUGUGGUGAAUACCUCAGUCAACAACUCUGCUGUGAUGACCCCUUCGAUCCCCAUGCCUCCCCCUGGCUUUCCGCCCCUGCCUCCCCCACCCCCACCCCAGUCGGUCUUUCCGAUGCCUCCACCUCUCCCUCCUCCGCCUCCACCAACUCACCCAGCAGUCACUGUCCCACCUCCACCCCUUCCUGCGCCUCCUGGGGUCCCUCCCCCUCAUAUCCUGCCUCCACUCCCUCCGUUCCACCCAGCAAUGUUCCCCGUCAUGCAAGUGGAUAUGAUCAGCGUCUUGGGCAACCAGUGGGGAGGCAUGUCGAUGUCCUUCCAAAUGCAGACCCAGAUGCUGAGCCGCCUGAUGCAAGGGCAGAACACGUACCAGUACCCCCCGUUCAUGGGGAACCGGAUGCAGUUUGUGAACCUUCCUCCCUACCGGCACUUCUCCAUGGGAGCAGCGAUCAGCCGUGGGCAGCAGUGGCCCCCUCUGCCCAAAUUUGAUCCCUCAGUUCCCCCUCCGGGUUAUGAGCCCAAGAAAGAAGAUCCGCACAAGGCCACGGUGGACGGGGUCCUCCUGGUGAUUGUAAAGGAACUCAAAGCAAUCAUGAAAAGGGAUUUGAACCGGAAGAUGGUGGAGGUGGUGGCCUUCAGGGCAUUCGACGACUGGUGGGACAAGAAAGAACGUCUUGCAAAGGCAUCCUUGACUCCAGUAAAAUCUGGAGAAAAUAAAGACGAGGAGAAGCCAAAACCAAAGGAUCGCAUCACAUCUUGUCUCCUGGAGAACUGGAACAAGGGAGAAGGGUUGGGCUAUGAGGGCAUCGGCUUGGGCAUUGGGUUGCGAGGAGUCAUCCGGUUACCAUCUUUUAAGGUGAAGAGGAAGGAGCCACCCGAAGCCGCCUCCGCUGGAGACCAGAAGAGAAUCCGACCCUCCACUUCAGUAGACAAUGAAGAUGAAGAAUCAGAACGAGAUCGAGACCUUCCUGAUGCAAGCUUGGACCCCUCCAAGAAAGACGCAGAAGCUGUAGGCCUCCGAAGAAGACCUGCGAGGCCAUUGGAGCUGGACAGUGAAGGAGAGGAGGAGGAUUCUGGCAAGGAGGAGGAGGAGGAAGAGGAGGAGGAAUCCUCUUCAGAAAAAGAGGUGGAACAGGAGGAAGAAGAGGGGGUGAUGAAAUCAGUGUCUGACAAGGGAGAGGAAGAUGCCAAUGAAGAGGAGGAGGAAGAGGAGGAGGAAGAUGAUGAAGCUGAAACAAGUGAAAAGGAGGAGCAGGAUUCUGAAGAAGAAGAUGUCGGGAGUCCUGCCUCUUCCAGAGCAGAGGUUGAGUCAUCAGAUGAAAGUGAGGAAUCCUCUGAAUUUGGGACAAGCUCUGACUCUGAGGAGGACGAGGACGAGGAGGAGGAAGAGGAGGAGGAGGAGGAGGAGGAGGAGGAGGUAGAUUAUGAGGAACAGGUGGAAGAAGAUGGAAGGCUGUUGCUAGAGCAAGAAAGAGACACCAUGCCCACUGAACUUGCUGUAGAGCCUGUUGCUCAGGAGCUGGAAGAUGAUGACCAAAAGGAGACCAUCCUGGAAUUGUUCCCAGUGGAAGACUACAUGGAAGGAGCUCCUCUAGCGCUGGUGGAACCUUCCGUGGCAGAAGGAGUGGAAGAUGUACAACUGGCAGAAGAGGAAAGUGGCCAUCUGGCUGCAGAGUCUCUCCCUACGGAAGUGCUGGUGGUUAUAGAGAGAGCCCACGAGGAGAAGCUACAGCUGUCUCCUGUCUGCAUGCCAGUGGAAGAGUCCGAGCCAGAUAUCGAACUGGAACCUGAGGUGGAAGAUGGGGCAAAGCCAGAGUUUCGGGACGAAGAAACCCUCCGUCCGCAGACCCCAGUGGGGCUCUUUGGAGAAGCCUUGUCCACCAAGCCUUCCUUUUUCCCCAAGUCUGAGGACAGCAGUCAAGAAGCCCCUGCAAACAGCAAGCUGCCACCCACAGCUGAAGAAGAGGACCGGCUCCCUCGGACUCCUGGAAGGGAAGUGCUGACCCAUUUGGAGUCUCCCGUGCUUCCCAUCCAUGCUGUGCUGCCCUGUUCGCUUCCCCUCCCCUCCGUCCUGUCUAGUAAGGAGGAUUCUGUGCUGCUCCCAGAGAGGUUCCCCGAGCAAUUGCCGGUGACCAAACCAUCUCUGGAGGAAGAGCUUCCUCGGACUCCUGGACGGGACAUCUUAGCAAAGUGCUCCCACAGCCUCUCCAAGUCCCAGAGCACAGACACGGUCCCUGCCACCCCUGGCAGCGAUGCGCCUCUCACUGGAAGCAGCUUGACCCUCAGUUCCCCGCAAGUUCCAGGGAGCCCCUUCUCAUACCCAUCCCAGUCCCCCGGGAUCAAUAGCAGUGGCAUCCCUCGGACUCCUGGGAGGGAUUUCACUUUCACGCCAACUUUCCCCGAACCUGGUGCUACCCUUCCUUGUCUUUUGUCUGGCAAGAAACCCUUGGAGGAUGAACCGGAUGAGAAAAUCUUUAAAGAACCUCUUGGUGCUUCCAUCUUGGUUGGUGUGAACAGUGUCCCCUCCCCGAUCCCCUUUGCCAGCCCUCCUGUCCCAGCUUUCCACGCACACAUGGACUUGUCUCCCAACCAGCCAGUACCUCUCGCCAUUCGGCCUUGCUUGUUCAUGGACUCCAAGCUGUCUCUGGAAGAGUGCAGCACAGCUGCACGGGGUCUCUUGCCUUUCCCAGAAGUCUCUGCGGCUUCUCCCCCUCUCCCUCCUCCCCCUCCUCCCAUCCUGCCCAUCAAACGGAAACCGGGCCGGCCAAAACGGUCCUCUCCGCUGGGCCCUAUGUUGGACGCCUAUUCCGGCCAACCCCUAGACCCGCCUCUUCUUCCAAUCCCAGUUGCCUUGACGGAAAGUGAUGUGAGCAAAGAGUUGCUGAGUGGCCACCCAGAUGCUUUCUAUCCUCUCAAAGACCCGGAAGCAGUCACCCUAGACUUCCGGAAUGACGGCUUCCAUGAGAAGGUCAGCCCGGAUGUCUUGGCUGAGAAGCUUCCUUUUAAGGAACUGGAGAACCAGUGGAAUGAGGAUUUCAAAGAAGAUGAGGCUCACCUGAAAUCCAAAAGACAGUGGAGACGCCAGAAGAAGAGGCCAGAGGAUGUCCCAACAAUUCCUUCCCCUGAGUACUCCCCCCAUCGGUAUCACUUUAGGCCCCGCUCCGAGUUUGAGGAGAUGACCAUCCUGUAUGACAUUUGGAACGGGGGGAUAGACGAAGAGGAUAUCCAUUUCCUGUGCGUUACGUACGAUCACUUGUUGCAACAAGACAAUGGCAUGGACUGGCUCAACGAUACCCUUUGGGUCUACCAUCCUCCAACCAGCUUUUCUAUCCCAAAGAAGAAGAAACGGGAUGAUGGAAUGCGGGAACACAUGACAGGCUGCGCCCGAAGUGAAGGCUAUUACAAAAUCGACAAGAAGGACAAGCUGAAAUACCUCAACAAUAGCCGUGCGUUUGCAGAGGAGCCUCCAACUGAUACACAGGGCAUGAGCAUCCCCGCCCAGCCCCAUGCUUCCACCCGGGCUGGCUCCGAGAGGAGGUCCGAGCAACGCAGGCUCCUGUCAUCCUUCACCGGCAGCUGCGAUAGCGACUUACUCAAAUUCAACCAACUCAAGUUCCGGAAGAAAAAGCUAAAAUUCUGCAAGAGCCACAUUCACGACUGGGGCCUCUUUGCGAUGGAGCCUAUUGCUGCUGACGAGAUGGUGAUUGAGUACGUGGGCCAGAACAUCCGGCAGGUCAUUGCUGACAUGCGAGAAAAACGCUACGAGGAUGAAGGCAUUGGAAGCAGUUACAUGUUUAGAGUUGACCACGACACCAUUAUAGAUGCAACCAAGUGUGGAAACUUCGCCAGGUUUAUCAAUCACAGUUGCAAUCCAAAUUGCUAUGCUAAAGUAAUAACAGUGGAGUCCCAAAAGAAGAUUGUCAUCUACUCAAAGCAGUACAUCAAUGUGAAUGAGGAGAUUACAUACGACUACAAAUUCCCCAUUGAGGAUGUCAAGAUCCCCUGUUUGUGUGGUUCGGAAAACUGCAGAGGGACCCUGAAUUAAACCCUAGGUUUCUUGCCACAUGCUGGUUAUGUCCGAACUGUGGUAACCAAGGGUGGUUGCACUUUUGCCAAAAAGAAAAAGAGGAGGAAGAAGGAGGAAAAAAAGGAAAGAGAGAAGGAAAUCCAGUGAGCACGGCCUGUCCUUCUGUCAGGAGAAGUGCAAAUUGCAGACACGCACACGAAGACUCUUCGAGUUGCAGGUGCUUUUCAUCUUCAGAUCCAACCCCCUCUUCCUCCCCAUCCCCUGGAGAGUUCCCGUUCUUCAGUGGCACCAUCCAUCCAAACACUAUCUCCUUGGCCCCUUCCCUCAGUCCAGAAUGGCGUCGCUCUCGCGAGUAGAGCAAGGUACCUUUUUCGUGUUGAGAAACGUUGUUCUUUCCUUCAAAACGCUGCUACCUUUUCCUCAUGCAUUUUUGUUCCUGGGCUUGGGAGGGCGGGGGGAGAAAAAACAUUCGGCAUGUUAGCAAAUGUGAAAUGGAGAGGGGGGGAAAAGAGGUCCCAAGCUGAAGGGAAGCUGGUUGGGACGACACAGAGCAAGCGCUGUGUGAAGUGUACAUGGGGUGCCUGGAAGGGCUUUUCACGCUGCUUCUCCCCUCUCGGGGUCAGAGCGAGGUCUCGGUGCUCGGAUCUUGACUGAGAUGCUUGCCUCGGAUUUCUCUCCCCCACCCCCACCCCCGGCCACACACACACACUAUAUACUGGUCCUCCUGGAAGGGAGGAGGAGCAGUAGCACUAGAAUCGAAUAGGGAGGAACCAUUGAUGGCACUAAGCCUGUGACGAAGAGGCUCCUGGCCUUGUUUUUUUAAAAGUACAAAUUGGGAAAAGAGAAUUCAGUGCUGCAUUUCUUUACACUGUAGGAAACCUUUGGUCACACAGCACUUUGGGUGUCCCCGGAGUCUCUGCAGCCUCCAUGCACACUAGUGCAGCUUCUCUGGAAAGCCCCCGCAAAUUGCCACAAUGCAUGGCGGCUGUGCUGCUGCAGCGCCCGCUGAAUCGCGCACUAGAGGAAGGUCUGUUUCUUGGGUGGCACUGAAAUCAAUACCAAAGGCUGCUUUUAUCGCGCUGGUUUUCUCUCCUCUCUUGACUAGCACGCCCGUCUCCUUCUGAAGCUCUCUCUUGAAGACUGUCUGGAGUUUCUUCCUUCCUCUAUAUUCAAAAGAUUUCUGGCCCUCUUAUGGAAGAGCUGAGUUCUGUCCUCUCUGUCAAGUGAGGCAGUGUGUGUUAGCUGUAGCACCGUACCCAGAAAACACAUUUCUGGGCAGAGGUGGGGAGGAAGCAUCUCUUUUAUGGAUUGAAAAAGCAAUACUGUACUAUACCUACUUUCAUCAGCAAGCAGACAUACUGCUCUAAUACAUGAUGUAUCUCAAAUGCUUGUUCUAAAUCAGCGUGGUGUCUGUGAGCAAACCACAGAGAAAUGUAAUUGGAACAUGUCCUUAGGAUUAUGAUCCAAGCAAACAGUGUAAUGGAAAUAUAAAUUUGACACCCCUAAAAAAACCCCAAAACCGACCCAAAAGCCUGUAGGGGGAAUUUCCUUUUGAAAUGCAUCCAAAGUUUGAAAGGUGGUCUGCCCAUUUUUGGAGCUCAUCAGGCUUUUGCUGCUGCAUCCUUACCGGACUUUAAAAUUAACUGUACUAAAAAUUAACGUGUGAGAGAAGACACAAGGCAGGCCUGCCCAUCCUUUAGAUAGAUCUGACAUUCUGUGGUCCAUGUUACCUGGAUGGCUUCUAUAUCCCAUUUCCACUGAAGCAACAGAACCUCUAGAAGUUGCUUAUGAGAUGGACCCGCUUGGUCCUACUAUAUGUAGCAUAUAAAAUGGGGUAGGGCUUGCUAUUCUAACUUCCAAAGGCCUAGAGGAACAGGCAAACUUAAACCAACACAUGCUGCCUUAUCUAUAUUCCUAGCAGAGCUAGUGCCCUGGACCUCAGUCUGAAUUAACUCUAGUAGUUGAGCAUGGAGGACAAAGGCCAGCCUCUCUUUGGGAAGUUGGUUGGACAAAACCAGCGUCUUAUCCCUUUUGCAUAGCUUCCCAUUCUCUGAUGUCUGCCUCUGGCAUUUCUGUGGGGUGGCUCCUUACGCUCCUGACCUUCUGAGGAGGACACCCUCCUCUCCUGUCCUUCCAUACAGACCUUGUUGUCAAAAUGGACAGCAUAUUUCCAUCUUUGUGUCUUAUUCCUUGCCCUUCUUUUUCACCAUGGGUGUUAUCUGUGAGGAACAGAUCCUGCCCAAACUCUGCUGGAAUGAAUGCGGAGGCGGAUGCAAAGAGAAUUCCCUGUGAGUUCUCCCUGUCAUCUUAUUUGAGUAUUAACAAAGUCAUUGGGAGGCUCGUUGAGGGUAUCUUGCCAAUUCUGUUGCCUUAUGGAGAUACUAAGAGUCCUGUGGUUCUGCUAAUUUACCUUUUCCAGCACUUGAAAGUACUUCCUAGCCUAGAAGUUUGUCAAAAACCCCAAGAGAACCCCUGCUGUAAUUAAGCAUGAGGCAGGGUGAGUGAGUGUACAGCCAGAGCCUUGGUGAGAGAGGUUUAUCGCGUGUUUCCUACAUUUAAAUCCAAAAAUACUACUUGAAUUCUUCCAGACCCAGUUAGGCUUCCGUUCUUUGAAGAGCUCUGGGUUCAAGGGAAAUAAUGUUGUGAUUGGCUACUCUGCCUCCAUCUCAGGCAAUGGGAUACCUCUCUGCAAAGAAUGAGAAACCAGUCUCGGUCUUGAGACAGCCUCUGUAAUCCUUAACAUGAUCAGGAUCUCUUUCCAGUCUCUGCUGCAAGCCCACCCAUUCUCAUUCUGAGUGCCAAAGUCUGUCAACUCACGCGCAACCCUUCUGCUCCCCACCCCGAGGAGAGGGAGGAUGGCUUCAGCUUGGCUCCCAUGAGAUUUUCACCCUGGCAUCAUCUAGCAAGUGGCUCUCUGUGCUUUCCGUCCCUGCCGGCUUGUGUCCAGCUUGGUUUCCCAGUCAUUUUUCCCCUCCAGUUUCCAGCUUGAAGUUGACUAUUGGGAGUUGAGGAGGAAGCCUUUAUCCCCAAUCUGGCCGAUAAUUUAUGAUGUCAAAGCAGCUUCUUUCUACAACGGAAACAAUAAUUUUUAAACUCUGAUGGAAAGUUGUUUCAGUUCUGUCAUUUGUGACCUAUUUUCAGGGAUCAUUUCGUGCAUUUCUGUAUAAAACGUUUUUUAAAAAGAGAGAAAAAAAGAAAUUUUGCAGUUUAAAAUGGACACAUCAUCUGUACAUAGGCAACUGUUCCAGCUCUUCUCUUCAAGCACUGUUUCUUGUAGAAACAUGUUUUUUUGGGGUUUUGUUUGUUUGUUUUCUUUUUUGACUGUUUUCUUUGUACUUCAAAAGCAUGUAAAUAAUUUGUUAAAAGUGAUUAUUGUCGUUCUUUUUUAAAAGAUUGCCAGCCCCAGACCUCAAGAAAGUAGAAGAUUGGGGGUGGGUGAGGCACUGAGGGAAAGAGCUGGUGGCAUUUAUAGCUUGUGUCAAGCUACGUAUAAUGUAAAUUCUGUACAAAAGGAUUUUUUUGUCAAAUACGUAGAUCAAACUAGAAGCAUUAAGAAGCUGAAGAUUUAAAAAAAAAUGCCAAGUUGAGGCUUUUGCCUUUCUGAUACCUUAACGUGCAAAAUCUAUUUAUUUCAGACAAAAAAUGUGUAUAGUCUAUUAAUGACAACCUAAAAAUGUAUUUAAGCAGAUCUGCAACUUGAUUUUUCCCCGAGUUUAAAUUUUUCUUCUCUUUUCUAACUUUGCUCCUUGAUUACCAAUGUAGUAUUUGUAGAAGUGAAAAGCAAAACACAUCAGCCACCAUUUGGUGCUCUGAGAUGCUCCCAAUGCACAUAUGCAGCUCCACAUGUGUAGGGUCUUCUCCAUCAACAAGCUAAGCCCUGCUCAUGAAAGAAGCUCCAUAUGCACUCACUGCUGGAGCCCUCGUUGGAGCUGAUGGUGUAGGACAAUUGUUGUGGGGUGGUGUGGGGAGUGGAGCAAAGCUUUAGGGGGAGUGCACAGACCAGUCGGUGUGCUUCAGUCUGAAUUCAAACCAAAUUCAGACUGAACCACGGAUAUCUGAACCGAUUCAGUCGAACCGAUCGGCUGGGCCGAUGGGUGCAACAAACCAGCUUGAACCGGUUCGCAGUCAAACCGCUUGAACUGGGCCAGUUUGCAGCAGUCCAGUUUGUGAUUAAACCAGUUCUGCACACCUCUACAAAGCAUGUUCUAAAUUCAGGAGGUAGUUCUUAAAAAGGAACUGUCAUUUGUUGUGGAGGAGAAAACCUUCAUCAUCCUUGUUCCUAUGUCAUGAAUUCUGUAAGGAGAUUGGUUUUUAAUUCGCUGUGGGGUAAGGAAAAUGGUUUGCAAUAAAAUGACAUCUGCUUUUUAUGUUCCUUUAAAAAAAAUAACAACCAAACACACAGAGGAUUAAAUCUCUGCUUGUGAGAUUUAGGAUUUCUUAGUUUUUGUUCCCUUUUGUUUCAACAACUGUAUAAACUUAGGACUGUUCUGUGCAUCUCUAGGCUCUGUCAUCAGUAUGUACCUUGUUUUGAAGAAAUGUGUUCUUUUGUUGUGGGUGUGUCAUGCUGUAAAUAUUUGUUCAUAUUUUUUGUGAAUUGAAUACUAUGUACCAUUGUAUUAUAGUAACUUUUAUAAAGCAAACCAUAAAUAUACUGACUUUUCUUAUAGAAAA